GCAUCUACUUGACCUGUCUGAUUUUUGCUUGCAUGGUGACGUUGCUGUCCUUCAGCUCCGUUAUCGAGACAAAACCUCAAUGCGGGCCGUGUAUACACCGAGUACAGUACAGUACAGAUGUUCUUUUUAUUUUCGGUGGCUAUCCAAUGUGGAUGACCUCCUCUUCCAACUUGCUGUAUGCCGCACGGGUCAAGUAGGGCUCGGUAGCGAGUACAACUGGAGUCGGAGGUGGUUAGCGGUCCUGCCCGUGGGGUGAGUGACCUUGAUAGUGACUUCCUGUUUAGGAAAUUUUGAAGUGAAUGAAUGAGGCGCCAUGAGCGUCGGUGUCCCUACCAGGCCGGGCAGUAACCCACCAGCCUUUUGCUUUUCAUCAUCAUGUCGAGUCCCUCGGAUUCAUAAAGCACCUUUCUCGUCAGUCCUCCCCCACAACAUCUUCCCUCCAGGCUUCUUCACUCCACUGCCCAACCCACCCAUUCAUCUUCUUCCCUUUCUUUCUCGUUCUCUUCCACCACCAUCAUUCCAAUUUCCUCCUUCUCAUCCUUUCUCUUGCCAUCUUCCCUCUUCUCAUCCUCUUUCUUCUCAUUCUCUUCUCAUCAUUCCUUCUAUCCUUUUCAACCUUCCCCUACCCUUCUUUCUGCCCCUUCUCUUCCUAUCAUCUUCUCUCCCCCCUACCACCCCCGAGACAGUUGUGCCGGAUCGAGCAUCUGUUCGUGACAGCGCAAGCAGGUUUUGGCUCACUGGAAAAAACUUUGAGCUUGCCGUACCUCCAGACUUCCACUUGCAAGUUCUCGCGGGCCUAUGGACGGGUGGUUGGGUUGGGCCUGGGCCACAAGACUCCAAAUACGAAAGGGUAAGUUAUUCUCCUGCUUUGGAGGUGGUGGGCUUCAGUAGAUGCUGACUUCUGAAUGUUGCUAUAUCUGUGUGCUUCGCGGACUGUGAAAAGGGAGGGUCUAACCUGGAGCUGAUGUCUUUUCAAGGGUGGCUCUGGGGUGGCUAGUUCGGAGACAAGUGCUUAUGGUGCCUGUGUGUUUGCUUGGAUAAUGAAGGUGGACACUCUGUCUCUGUGGUUGU